AUUGUAAUUUCAUAACUGUCAUAAUAACACACGUCAAAUGGGCGAAGACAAAUGUUCAAACAAAAGUGAACACGAGGACGAGCACCAUGAGCCCUACACCGUACCAGACUACAAAAUCUACAAAGUGGAGGACGUCCCAGAAUUGGCUACCGUCCAAAAGGCUUUAGCUUCUCAAGGUCUGUGUGAUCCCUGGCUCAGAAACGAAGUAUGGCGUUACAACGUAAAGCAGUUCGGAACGGAGAAAACGAGAUUAAAGGCCGUCUUCUUCAGAGGUUUCACACUGGGUCUGGGAGCAUUUGUACUCACAGCCAUUGGGUCCGUAUUAUAUGACAGGUUCGUUCGCAAAGAACAUGAACAUCAUGACUAUCAGGAAAUGAUGGCUCACACGGAGCAAUCUGAAGAAUGUGUUUGUGAGGACCAUACCGGAACGCACGCUGGAGGCUCCGAGAUUCAAGCCGAAAGUCCAGGUGAAGGUUCCUCAAAGGAAGACAGUAAAUGUAAAAAAUAGAUACUUUAUAAUUAUUUAACUAUUGUGAUGUACUAUUUCAAGGAUAUUGAUUAAUAAAACUUCACACAACAAAAACA